AUGGCGGCAAAAACUUCCCUCCGUAUCAUCAUCGUCGGUGCUGGCCCUGUUGGGCUUGCUCUGGCAACAGGACUUGCAAAGGACGGCCACUCUGUCACUGUACUGGAGCGACAGUCCUCAUUGCAAGUUACUGGUGGGCCUAUCUAUGUCCAACCGCCUGCCAUUAGAGUACUAGAGAGCUUCGGGUUGGGCGAUGCCGUUCAGUCUAUAGGAGUAGCCGGUCCGUCCAUCAUCUGGUCCUAUAAGGACACCAGCGAGCCACUGCUUGUGAGCCCACAUCGCCCCAACCACACCCCUCUCAGUACCGAUCGACAAACCGUACAAAAGGUCGGCUAUGAGGGCGCUGUAGCUGCAGGCGCAACAGUCUUGUUCGGAAAGACAGUGGCGAGCCUCGAGAACGAGACCACUCCGACUGUCCGAACGGAGGAUGGAGGGGAGUACAGUGCUGAUUUGAUUGUUGGCGCUGAUGGCAUCAAGUCUAAGAUUCGAAGACUGCUAUUUCCAGACCUGAACAUGGAUGCAAUACCGACAAAUGAGGUCAUUUUCCACUCCGAUGUUGCCUUGGAUGAGUUGCGUGCCGAUACCCGCCUGACUAGGAUGUUCGAGCAUCCAGGAAGCUGCCACUUCACCUUUGGACCAGGUCGGGUCAAUGUGUUGUUGAUAGAGCCCGUGGCCGAGGGGAAAACCGCGGCAUAUAAUGUUGUGUCAAACUAUGGUGCGCCCCCAACCGAUAGAAACGCAAGCUGGUAUAAUCCAGCAGAGCCAUCGGAACUACGUGAACUGUUCAACGACUUCUCGGCCCGAGACCGCGCAUAUUUAGAGCAUGUCAAAAGCUGCAACGUUUGGCGCAUUGGAACAGCACCGCAGACGCCUUCGUGGCGGAGUUCAAACGGGAGGGUGCUACUUAUCGGCGACGCGGCGCAUGCCAUGGUGCCUCAUGCGGCUCAGGGCGUCAGUCAAGGCAUCGAAAGCACCGGCGUUCUAACCCACCUUCUUCGGCUAGCUCGACCAGAUCACCGAGAUGAUGUGCCUGCUCUAACUGAAGGGUUUGAGAAGCUGAGACGCCCGAGAGUCGAGAAGAUUGCCAAUUUAAGCCAGAAUAACUUACAAGUCCGUGUGCUGCCCGAUGGUCCUGCACAGGAGGGACGAGAUGCCGCCCUCAGAAAGAUGGGGCAAAUGCCCGCAAUCGAGUGGGAUAAGAUUGAAAUGGACAUGAACGCGGACAGUAACUCGCCUCAGUUUACGAAGUGGCUCACAGCUUAUGAUAUCCCUCUUGAGGUUGAGCGAUUCGUGGAAUCAGAUCUUGUGGAUAUCUCGAGUUCCUGA